GUGGUAAGAACUGGUCCCUAGGUUAUUGCUUUUCUGUAGGACUGUGUUCAUCUCAGCUUUAGAGAGCCUAGGACCUAUUUUUAAAAAAUCUCUGCAGCUUCUUCCAGACUAUAGAGCCAUCCAGAGGAGACAUGGAAAAGGAGAACACAACACAGCUGACGGAGUUUGUUCUCACAGGUCUCAUUCAUCAGCCACUGUGGGAAAUCCCUCUGUUCCUGGUCUUCUUGGCGGUCUAUCUCAUCACCAUUGUGGGAAACGUUGGUCUGAUCACUCUCAUCUGGACUGACCCUCACCUUCACAUCCCCAUGUACCUGUUCCUCGGAAGUUUAGCUUUUGUAGAUACAUCUAUAUCUUCCACAGUGGUUCCAAAGAUGCUGCGUGACCUCUUUGCUAAGAGCAAGCUGAUCUCUCUAUCUGAAUGUAUGACACAAUUUUUUUUAUUUAAUAUCAGUGCCACCACAGAAUGUUUCCUCUUGGCAGCAAUGGCCUAUGAUCGCUAUGUGGCCAUCUGUAAACCUUUACUCUACCCAGUGGUUAUGACCAAUAGUCUGUGUGUUUGUCUGAUAGUCUUGUCCUUUGUAGGUGGGAUUAUUCAUGCUUUAAUUCAUGAAGGUUUUUUAUUGAGAUUAACCUUCUGUAAUUCCAACAUGAUACAUCACUUUUAUUGUGACAUUAUAUCACUGUUAAAGAUUGCCUGUACUGACACUUCUCUGAAUUACCUAAUUGUUUUUAUUUUUUCUGGCUCGAUCCAGGUUUUCACUAUUUCAACCAUCCUUGUCUCUUACACUAUUAUUCUGUUUACAAUAUUAAAAAAGAAAUCUGCCAAAGGUAUAAAGAAAGCCUUCUCUACCUGUGGAGCUCAUCUUUUAUCAGUGUCUCUAUACUAUGGUCCUCUUCUCUUCAUGUAUGUGCACCCGGCAUCUUCAGAAGUAGAUGAUCAAGAUAUGAUAGACUCUCUGUUUUACACUGUCAUAAUUCCUGUGUUAAAUCCAAUUAUUUACAGUUUGAGAAAUAAGCAAGUCAUAGAUUCAUUGGCAAAAUUAUUAAAGAGAAAUGUUUAGAUUUCUU